AUGCGUGAAUGGCAGCGCAGCAUGUUCCACAGCAAACAUGGUCGGUGCUGGCAAAGCAUCCAGAUGAGAUGCCACCAGCCUGUGAGCCAUUAUUCCCUCGAAGCGACCAAGGCUCCACCCUGGCGACCAGGCUUAGCGCUUGAUGAAUGGGUGGAACGAGACGUCAGGCCCAUCAGCCUUCGCCAAUUGACCUUCUUCGGUCGCACUUUAACCGAACACCGAUUAAUCAGUUCCGCAAACUAUGUGCGCACGGAGCUUCCCACAAGACUGGCACAUCGCCUUCGAGACAUGCAAAGACUUCCUUAUGUCGUCGUCACUAACCCGCAUCUCUCCCAUGUCUAUGAGCUAUACUACAAGGCUUUCGAACGCUUUCGCACUAUUCCGGAAAUCCGAUCACUGGAAGAUAAUGACCGGUACUGUGAUAUGCUCCGGAGGACGCUCAAGGAACAUUUGACCGUAAUUCCGAACCUUGCCAUGGGCGUGAUCGAAUGUCAAGAUUUGGUGAAGGCGAAUCAUAUGGACCACUUUAUGAAUACAAUGCUGCGGGCGAGAAUUUCUCGUCGGGUCAUUGCCGAACAACAUCUCGCGCUUACUGAAACGUUUAACUCGCCAUGGCAUUUCCCGGAAUCGAAAUCGCGAGCCGAUCUGAACGCCGAUUUUGUUGGAGAAGUGUUUUUAAAGUGUAAUGCAAAGGACGUGGUAAAACGGUGCGGUAAACUGGCACAAGACCUCCUGAGGCCGACACUUGAGCCCGGCCAAAAGAUACCUGAAAUUAGGGUGCAGGGACACCUGGGAGCAACGUUCCCUUAUAUCCUCGGACAUUUGGAAUACAUAAUUGGAGAAAUACUUCGAAAUUCGAUCCAAGCGGUAACCGAGAGAUAUAAAAACUGCGCCGGAGAUUCACCCCCGAUUGAUGUCCUAAUCUGCGAAGCCCCCCAGCACGUCAUAAUUCGUGUCUCUGACCAAGGAGGAGGGAUCCCACGAGAUAUUUUGCCGUAUCUCUGGUCAUUCUGCAAAGGUCCCCGGACACAAACACGCCUUCAGAACUUAGGCAAAGUGCCAACUCUCGCGGCAACGAUGCAGGAGCUUAAGGUCUCGAACUUUUCGCAGCCUGAUAUUAAGGCACACGCUGCAAACCCAGCGAAUAGACACUCUCAUCAUCAAAGUUCUCUUGCAUCCCUUAGUUCGAGGCCUCCCAACUUACGCCUAGGCAUGGGUUUACCGAUGAGCCGCGUUUACGCUGAAUACUGGGCUGGAAGCUUGGAGGUCCACAGCUUGGAAGGUUACGGAGUCGACGCGUUUCUUCAAAUCUCGAGACUGGGAAACAAGAACGAGCAAGUAACAGCGAGAGCUUCGAUAGACGCCGUCUAG